AUGAUGCUUAACAUUUUUGAAAACUAUUUCAUUACAUAAAAUAUGACUUUUGUAGAAAAGAUGGAGAAACUGAGAUAUAAUAAAUUUGAAAUGUGUUGUUAAAUUUACUUUAACCAGAAAGAAAAAAGUUCAUUUUCCUACAUUCAACUAGAGCAGGUGAUCUGA